GCCCAUGAGGGGCUGUUUACAGCCACGCACGCAGGUUGUAGACGCUUCGUCUCUUCCGCUAGCUGGUUGUCAGGGUUGCGCGAGCCGGGGAGCGCGAGGGCUGGCGACGGCCCGGCGCCGGCUGCCGCUGGGCGGACGAUGGGGCUGAGCGAGCGGGAGCGGGCCGGGUGUCGGGUCCUGCUGGAGCAGAUGGAGACGGACGAGCUGUUGGCGCUGACGGACACGAUCACCAACCGCCUGGUGCUGCCGCAGAGCCGACAAGAAGCCAUCCAUGCAAUUUUAGUUUACAGUCAAAGUGUAGAAGAACUCUUGAAACGAAGAAAAGUCUAUCGAGAAAUAAUUUUUAAAUACCUGGCAAAAGAAGGAGUUGUGGUGCCACCUUGUUCUGAAAAACACCAGCUCAUUCAUCAUGCAAAGCAAUACUGGAGUGGGCAGCUGACAGAUCGUGUUGCAGAGUCAGAGGAUAUUAAUCCAAAUAAACAGAACUAUGAACAGAAACAAAAACAACAGGAAGAGAAUGAUUGGCACAGACUAGGAAGAGAAUUCUGUCAGUGGUUCUUUGAACUUCUCAACUCUCAGCAUCCUUUGGGGAGACAAUCCAAAGAACAGUGGGGACCACAGCAUUUCUGGGAGGAUGUCAAACUGAAAUUUUGUUACAACACGUUAGAAAAAAACAUGGAAGAAUAUGUUGGUGCAGAAUUGGUGAGCCUCCGUUUACUCUCAUUGGUGAAAGAGGAGUAUCUCUUACUGAACCCCAACUUGGGUGCUGGUGGACUGAAGUGUGUAAUUUCUCCACAUGGGUUAGUAGUGGUGGCGGUAGCUGGCACAGUACAUAGAGGCAACAUUUGCUUGGGCAUCUUUGAACAAAUCUUUGGACUCAUCCGCUGUCCAGUUAGCGAGAAUACCUGGAAAAUAAAAUUAGUGAACCUUAAAAUAGUUGGAGAAAAUGCUCUGGAGCCUGGGACACAAGUGCAAAAGCCUUCCAUAAAAUAUGAAUCGAAUGAACUGCGAGAGCUAUAUGAUGGGAAAGAACUCAGCUUGGUUGAACCUCAAAUUCUGAGCAAUGUGCGUACAGAAUUGGGAGAAUAACAAUUGUUUGAAGAACAAUACAGCAGUUGUGCAUUCUUGAAUGUUUAAAUGACUUCAGACUUGUGGUGAUGUCUGUUUCUUUAGUCAGGUUUGCUAAGUUGAUGACGUGCCAAAGUACUGAGUGAAAUACACUUAAAGAGUCCCACUGCUUUUGGGUACCCGUCUUCCAUACUAACAUGUAAUUGAAAAAGUUGCUUCAGGACUUAGAACUGCACAACACAUGUUUAGAAAUGAAAUAACUUUAUUUUUCUUUCUAUUUGAUGUGUUCUUCACAUCACAUAAGUUCACGGGGACUUACAAUAGCAUAUGGAGCUUCUCCCGAGGCCACUAGUUAAAGUUGGACCCCAAUUGUGUUGGAAAGUCGUUGCCUUCAGGUGGCCGCUUAAAAAUGCAUUAGGAUUCUUGGUCUAAUUUCUUAAUGGGCCAAUAACCCCCACAAAACUGGCAGUCUUGUUGGCAGUUUCAGGGGAGAAGUCAAGUACUGAGUGCAUGAAGAGAAUUUUCCUCUUUGUCCUAAAAUUGAUUCCUUCACUAAAAAAUAGAGAGAACUUAAUAAGAUGAUGUGGGGAAGCUAGCCCUGCUGCUGACAAUGCUUUUCCUGUUCUGAAUUAAUAGUUAAUAGUUUCCAGUGUUGUCAUUUAUUUUUCAUUUUCCAGUAGCAUUUACCUCACUUCUGCAAUAAAAAACAACACCCCGCUUCCAAAGUUAAAUGGUUGCCAUUGCAUCCAUUUCUUGCACUGACUCUCUGGGGGAUCAAAGGGUUAACAUUAGAAUUUAGUCAAUUUAAGCUUCAUAUAAAGCCAAAUGCUUUGAUAGGGUAUUUGUUUUGUAUACAACUUACAGGAGAGUUUAAUGUAAUAGCUUACAUGUGGUGGUUCCUGUACGUUCUCUCAAAAUCAAGAAGUGUAUCCAGUUACUGCAGACUUAUUAAACUGGAUAUGUCAGGUUUUUAAAACACGGAAGCUGGAACAAGAAGUAGAUUUUCCAGAUAAGCUUGCUCUUCCAUUGCCACAAGUAAUAGCAAUUCAGAGGUUAAAGGGAAUUCAGGUAACUUCAAUAACUACACUUCUCUGUUUUCUUAAUGUGUUUAAAAGUAACACAAAAGAUUACGUAAAAUCUUUUCUGUUUACUUCGAGUAUUUGACAGUUGUUUGUCUAGUCAAUUUCAUUAUUUCUCCAAUAAUUAUUUCCUAUUUGUGUGGUCUGUCACACAACGUGGGAGAGAAGUUUGCACUUUAAAGAAAUGUUUAAAUGUGGUUAAAACUAGUAAAAAGUAGCAGGAAGACACGAGGCAGGUGUGGCGCCUAGAAAACAGCUCUUGAACUCACUUUUGUGAAGCAACUGAUUUCUAGUUGUCCCUUUAACAACAACAAGAUUUGUUUAAAAAGAAUGUGAUUAUAUACCGAGUGAAGGACAGUGUUUGAAACGUUGUUUCCUAGUGAACUGUUGAGAUGAGGGCUUUCUCAGCUACUGAUUUCUAAUUAAGAAAAAGUAGCUUUCAUUCUUAAAUUCCUUUGAAGCACUUCCCUUUCCUUGCGUGCGUGUAAUCUGCUAGUUUCAAGUUAUUGGUAGUCAUGCAUACCUAUCAAAGGGGAGGGAGUGGGGGAAGUCUCUACAUACUCGUGAUUUUGACAUUUGGAGUGCAGAGGAGGAAAUAACUGUGAAAACCAAAGACUAAAAACAGUACCUCUUUUGAUUAUGUAGAGAUGCUACCUCUCUGAAUAUUAAAGCAAAUUUCUUGUC